UGUUUCCAGGGAGUGAGUGCUUCACGAUUCUCAGCAUCGUCAUGGUUUCGUUCGCGUUUAGGCGACCACACCUUGUUGCGGAAGGCGCAGAAGAAAUCAAAGGCAAGGAUAUCUGGCUAGAUAACGAUGACUUGCGGCCUCUCAAGUUGAAGGAUCGAACCUGGACUGCCACGACGUACUUCGUCUUCUGGUUCAGUGCCACGGCGACAGUGAGCAACUGGUAUGGCGCCUCAGCAGCUCAGGCACUCGGUCUUUCCAUGUGGGAGUCGCUGGCAUGCUCCUUUGGCGGACAAUGCUUGAUUGCCAUGAUCAUUACGCUCAACGGCAGGGCUGGCGCAGUCUAUCACGUCGGCUUCCCCAUUCUCAACAGGAGCGCAUUUGGCGUGUAUGGCGCGUGGUGGCCAACCUUCAAUCGCGCUGUCAUGGCUAUUGUCUGGAAUGGUGUUAAUGCCGUCCAAGGCGGCCAAUGCGUCUACGUAAUGCUCCAUGCGAUUUUCCCAAGUAUUGCUCAUAUCAAGGACACCAUGGGCAAGGGAUCGGCAUUGACAUCAGCUGGCAUGAUCGGCUUCACGGUAUUCUGGCUCGUGACUUGCUUCUUCCUGGUCAUUCCAGUGCCGAAGAUGAAGUCUCUUGUGUACGCGAAGUUGAUCAUGUUUGUCAUUUCGGCACUGUCGAUGCUCGGAUGGACUGUUGGCAAGGCUGGUGGGCUCGGUCCGAUUGCUAGUCAAGGAUCGACUGUCCAUGGGAAUGAGAAGAGCUGGCUGAUCGUUCGCUUCCUUAUGCUGGGCGCGGCCAACUGUGCAACUUUCGCUAGCAAUGCCAGCGACUUCCAGCGGUACGCGCCUCGACCUAAAGACCCCAUUCUCGGCAAUUUGGUUGGCUUUCCUAUCGCAAACCUUCUCGUCGCAAUAGUCGGCAAUAUUGUGGGUGCCUCAUCGCAAGUCAUCUUUGGCGAGCUCAUCUGGAACCCGAUCGACUUCCUCGACAAACUCCAAACAUCCAACUACACGCCUGCCAAUCGCGCAGGGUGCUUCUUCAUCGCCCUCAUGUUCGUGUAUUGCGCGAUUUUCUCCUCGAUCUUCGAGAACUCCUUGCCAGCUGGGAACGAUCUCGCGGCCUUGUUCCCCAAGUACAUCACCAUCCGCAAAGGCUUCUUCAUUUGUGCCGUGGUUUCCUUUGCCAUCAACCCGUGGUACUUGCUCGGUAGCGCGUCGAUCUUUGUCUCGUUCCUGGCAUCGUAUCAGAUAUUCCUGUCCAGCAUUACCGGCGUGCUGCUGUGCAACUACUAUCUCAUCACACGCGGGUAUAUGAAUAUCCCGGACCUCUUCACCUCGGAUAAGAACGCUGCGUACCAUUACACCAAGGGGUGGAACAUAAGAGCAUAUAUCGCUUACAUCAUUGGGGUGGUCCCUAACUUCUAUGGGUUCUUGAACAACAUGGGUGUCGACGCACCGAUGGGCGUGACCAAGUUCUACUACUUCGCAUAUUGGGUCGGUUUGUUUGUGGCUGGAGCGACCUACUGGGUCUUGUGCAAGCUGUUCCCACCUGUGAUCAUGUACAACGAGGGCUGGAUGGAGGUGAAGAACUACGUUCGUCCGGAGGAGGAGGCGCAGGUGCUGGAAGGGCAGGGUAUGGAUGUGGAGGCUUCGAGUCUCGGGCAGGGAGAGAAGGAGGUCGCGCGGGAAAUCGUUACGGAUUUGAAGGGUUAGAUGUUCGUCGCACGGAGUCAGUGCAAUGUCGCGAGGAUUGGAUGUGAUUGCUUGCUGCAAUAGGUGGACCAGAUAGAUCGGAGUCCCUCGUGUCCGAAUGCACUGUUUGACAUGAUCG